UACUCGGAUUUCGCAGAAACCUUGAGAUUAACAUCAGAUUUUUAUUUAAUUUUACUUUUGAGUCUAUAAUUUUUUGAUUUUAUACUUGCGAUACCAUAAUAAGAACAUUGACAUGGCUUUCAAGCGAAAUUCUGGUCUACCUAUUCCUCACCGGAUGCAUUAUAAAACCCUUCGCAUGAAGGGGAACAAGACAAAAGCACUUGGCUUGCAAAAACGCUUACACCAUCUUUUAGAGGAAAAGAGCACUUUCGUUAAGACGAUCCACAAGAUGUCCCUGCAUCAGAGUCGAUCCUUGCUCGCUGAGUGCAUUGAGCUUAUACGAAGACAAAAUCGACAGCUUCAAAAAAAUUAUCGAAAAGAUGUUCGCAACGAAAUAAGGUUUAAGAAACUUAUUCGGAUAUUGGUUAGCCAUAGAUCCCACAGUUUAUUUCUUAAAAAAAGUUUCAACGGCUUAAAAAGCUCAAUUUAUGAGCAUGUUGGUGGUCAAAUACCAAACCAAACCAACGAAGAUGAUCUACAAUAUAAACUGCAAUUAAUAAGAAUGUUAACUAAAGGAAAUUUUAAGGAAGCAGAAGAAUGUAUUAAAGUCACAAGGAAUAUAAUGGGAUACCACUUCGGGCAGGCGAGGAGAAAGAAUAGGUCAAAAAGACGGGGACCAAAAAGUCGCUUUGAAAAAGCUAUAUGGGAGUUCUUUAAUUCAUUGGAAAUACAAAAAGGCGAAACAAAAAAGGAUAAGGAUGAAAUUAAAAAAAGGCCACUUCCAAAAGGACCUUAUAAUGUACCCAAAAAAAGGGAAAUAGUGAACAAGUUUCCUGAAGAUAAGGGGGACGAAUUUAAAUUUAAUAUAAAUUUAAAAGGAUUAAAUUAUAAAAGAAUGGAUAUUAAUUUAUCCAAUGAGUCAAUUAAUAAUUCCAUUGAGGAUAAUGAGGCCUAUAAAGUUUAUCACACUAGAAGCGCCGAUGAUUUUCCCGAAUCCAAGGUAAAAAUUAAAGUUUACCCCCGUGAGAAAACCGAUAGAAUCAAAACAGCCGACAGUGGAGAAAAUUGGCAUCGUAGAGAAACACCUUAUAUUUUUCCAAGAGAACUUGAAUACAAGUCAAAGAAAAAUGAAGUAAGUAAGAAAAAAAAUGUAAGAGGAAAAAUAGGUAUUAGCUCCACCAAUAUGUCAAAAAGUAGCCCCAAAAGGUCCCCAAGAAAGUCCCCGACCACUGAAGAGGAGUCUUUAAAAAACGAUCAAACGGAACAACAUGUGGAGGAAAGUAACACAGAAAAUGAAUCUACCACAAUUACGAAUCCAAAACUGAGUAAAUCACAUUUUCGAUCUUUUACUUACGAAAAAUUGAAAGCCGCAUACCGUUCUCAUAGUCUAGACACCAAGCGACACGUUACACCAAUUAAAAAAAAAGAGAAAUCCGAUGAAAACUUAUCCAAGUCCGGUAUCCUGAUUCCGUCAAACUAUUUUCAAGUCACGUCAGUGUAUAACCCUUCUAUAAGCGACUCUCUGAUAUUUAACAAAAGCACUCUACCGUUUUUAACAAGGAAAGUUUCCACGCUUUUUGGAAUACCUUCCAUCAAAUCAUGGGAUGGUGUGGGAAGGUAUUCCGCAAAGCCGCAGUUACCCAUGUCAUCAGUGGCCACUGAGAUUAUCAAGCGUUUAUAUGAACAAAGGAUAAUAACGGAUGAACCAAAAAGAUAUCACAGGAAAAUCGAUCUCACUAGACUGCAUUCCAACAGCUUUUUGGGAAAGAUUUCAAGGUAUAGGCCCUGGGAUCAAAUGAAUGCAGUGCUGGGCGAUUUGCUUGGGAAGUAUAAGGAGUGGUCGGGUAAUGCUAGAACCCCCGAGGAAACUCAUAAGUUUAAGAAAAUUCUCAAGUGGCGAUAUAUUCAUAAUGUGCAAAAGCUCUUACACAAUCAUUUGAAGCAGCUGAAGUUGGAGUUGGACGGCGGAAGGUCAGAGACUGGUUCCAGAAAGUCUCAAAUUUCAUUCAGAUCUAUUCGGGCCAGUUACCAGGUACCAUAUAACUAUGGAUCCUUUGCUGUCGUAAAAAAUUCUUCCGACACAGAAAUUUCACCAAUAAGGCCUCUCCACGAAAACUUUGUCCGCACACAAAUGGAUUAUUUGAGAUCGAGGAUUUUCGACAAGGACGUGGAGCGUAUGGAUCGCAUGAUCAUGGGUAGGCAAGUGCCCAUAAACGAGGAAGACCUCGAGAUCUUUAAGAAAUAUAAAUUUGAUCCUCAGCACUUUAACAUCCUGAUAUUAUCAAUUGGUAGAUUAAUGUCGGAUGACAGAUACGAGGAGAAACUGCCAGUUCUGGAGAGAAAUUUUCAAUUUAUAACCCAUCAAUUGCAAGUGCUUUCCCGGGAGAAAAGGAUACAAAAAAUGAAAAAAGAACUGAGAAGAGCAGAAGAGGAAGUAUUAUCUAAAACUUCUGGCGACAGUUGUCAUUACGAGCGUACCGACUUUAAUGAAGCCUUCCUGGAGAAAAGGCGGGAAGUGUGGGCAUCAUACAUAGCCAAACAGGCCAAGACUCCCACAGAGAUUGUUUUGGAAGCUGUCCGAAAGCAGAAACGAAAAGCUCAGAUAGCCCAAAAAAGGGAAGAACGCGAACAGCGUAAGAAACAAGAGCCGAAAAUCUUAAGAAAGAGGAGAUCGCCCAGUGCUCUUUUCAGAUCUCCAAGGCGAACGCAUAGAGAGCAACAAGUUAUCGAGGACAUGCAACAGGAGCUGGAGAGCACCAAGUCGAAGUGCUCGGCAACAUCUCUGUGCUGCCGGCAAUGCAACCGGUGCGGCAUGAUCUGGACACACAGGUGUUCCGAGGGUUCCACCGAUGAAACAACAGAGCACCUAUGUCCAGUAUAAAAGGAAGAAAGCUUAAUUUAAAAAUUAACCGAAGCAUAUUCCGGGGUGCUGCAGAAUGUCGAUUCAAAUGCAGUUGAAACAUAUUUUUUCAGCACCCUGGGUUGUGCAUUUAUCAGGUUUCUUAUAAACGUACUGAAAUAGAAAAGUAUUAAGCCGAAUGUUUUACGAUUUU